GAUGCUGCUCGCUCUGCUGGUGUGUAGCCUGGUUCUGGUCUCUGCCGUGGGGCAGCAGGCGAACGAUGACUGGGUCGACCCGUAUGAUAUGCUCCACUACGACUCAACCACCAAGAGCAUGAGGAAGCCCACUGAGCCCACUGACUCCUCAGACGCUUUCUAUGAUGCCAAAGUUGGAGUUUCUAAACAAGCCAUCACAGAGAUUCAGAAACUUCUGGAUGGUGACGGGAGCUUUACAACCGGUACUCUAGACACUGCCGUCAGUCAGAUACUAGUGGAUCUUAAACGACAUGACUAUGAGGCCUGGAAGUGGCGUUUCGAGGACAGUUUUGGCGUGGAGCUGGACACACUAAAGAGUCCUCGUCUCUCUGUCAGGAUGCUGCUCGCUCUGCUGGUGUGUAGCCUGGUUCUGGUCUCUGCCGUGGGGCAGCAGGCGAACGAUGACUGGGUCGACCCGUAUGAUAUGCUCCACUACGACUCAACCACCAAGAGCAUGAGGAAGCCCACUGAGAUUGAAGAACAAAAGAAGAAGAUCUCCCUCCACUCAGGUCAGCCAACAUGCAACCCAGUGUUCAAGAGAUUCCUCAACAGGCUCUUGAAGGAAAUGCAAAAAGUGGGUUUGCCCACUGACUCCUCAGACGCUUUCUAUGAUGCCAAAGUUGGAGUUUCUAAACAAGCCAUCACAGAGAUUCAGAAACUUCUGGAUGGUGACGGGAGCUUUACAACUGGUACUCUAGACACUGCCGUCAGUCAGAUACUAGUGGAUCUCAAACCACAUGACUAUGAUGCCUGUAAGGGGCGUUUCGAGGACAGUUUUGGCGUGGAGCUGGACACACUAUUAAUGAUCGGGCUGUGUGUUCUGGUCAUGAUGCUCAUCAUCUGCACACGGCUGUGGUCGACCGUGUCAAAGUUUGUGCUGUUCACUGGAUUCUUUGCUGUCUGCUUCGCUGUCAGUAUUGUCUGGAGUUGGCUUUACCUGUAUAAGAUCGCCUUAGCUGAGCACCAUUACAACCUGGCGAAGAUGGACAGUGUAAGGGAAAAAUGCACUGGCAUGAAGAAAAUUGACUGGAGUGACAGUUUAAAAGAGUGGUACAGAACCACCUGGACUCUUCAGGACGACCCCUGUAAGAUUUACUACAAUCUCCUGUUUGUCGACCCCAUUCUGCUGGUACCUCCAAGCAAGGCCAUCUCCUUUACCAUCACAACUUUCAUCACAGAGCCAAUGAAGCACAUUGGCCAGGGGAUCAGUGAGUUUCUUCGGGCCCUCCUCAAAGAUCUACCCGUUACCCUGCAGAUCCCUGUUCUGGUCACAAUUGUUCUCGUCAUGGUGGUAUUCGUGUAUGUCAGUGUGCCGGCGGCCUUCAUGCAUGGCAUCACUGCACCUCUACGCCAACAGGGUCCACCUCCUCCUGAGCUCCAACAACCACAACAGGAGCCUCAGACUCAAAUCCAUGGGGUCGCUGACCUUGACCCUUUAGCAGUUAGGGAUACACACCAGCAAGGUCCAAGGCAGCAAGCCGAUGAUGGCAGGGCACACAGGAAUCCGGUUCGUCAGCGGCAUUCCAACAGACCCAUUGAGAAGAAGGCCCGGGUGGUUGUGGAGACACUGCAAUCAGCUGCCCGCAGUGAGGAUGAGACAGACACUGAGCAACAGGAGGGAAGACGUGAGGCGGAGCAGAGUCUGACCGAGGAGUCAGAUGCAGAAAACCAAGUGGAGAACAAAGAGGAGCCCGAAGAAGCAGGUGCCAACAGUGAUGCUGCUCAUACAGCCCAAGCAAAAACCAAAACCACGCCCAAGGCCAAACCUAUGAGAGUCAGUGAGAAUCGUACCAAGGACCAACACAGUGGAGACGAUGCGGCACCUAAAUCUCAAACGGCAGGAAAUCCGCCUUCACAUACUGAUGUCAAGGGGACGGGGGUCAGGAUGCUGCUCGCUCUGCUGGUGUGUAGCCUGGUUCUGGUCUCUGCCGUGGGGCAGCAGGCGAACGAUGACUGGGUCGACCCGUAUGAUAUGCUCCACUACGACUCAACCACCAAGAGCAUGAGGAAGCCCACUGAGCCAGCUCACUAUGAUAACGUGGCAACCAAGAGAAGGGAGUACACAGAGGACCCCAGUCAGGCCGAGCUGGUCACGUUCAAAAGUCAAGUAGUGGAUCUACAGAAGAAGAUUGAAGAACAAAAGAAGAAGAUCUCACUCCUCUCAGGUCAGCCGACAUGCAACCCAGUGUUCAAGAGAUUCCUAACCAGGCUCCUGAAGGAAAUGCAAAAAGUUGGUUUGCCCACUGACUCCUCAGACGCUUUCUAUGAUGCCAAAGUUGGAGUUUCUAAACAAGCCAUCACAGAGAUUCAGACACUUCUGGAUGGUGACGGGAGCUUUACAACUGGUACUCUAGACACCGCCGUCAGUCAGAUACUAGUGGAUCUUAAACGACAUGACUAUGAGGCCUGGAAGUGGCGUUUCGAGGACAGUUUUGGCGUGGAGCUGGACACACUAUUAAAGAUCGGGCUGUGUGUUCUGGUAAUGAUGCUCAUCAUCUGCACGCAGCUGUGGUCGACGGUGUCCUGGUUCGUGCAGUUCACUCGACUCUUUGCUGUCUGCUUUGCUGUCAGUAUUGUCUGGAACUGGUUUUACCUGUAUAAGAUCGCCUUUGCUGAGCGCCAAAACAACCUGGUGAAGAUGGAAAGUGUAAAUGAGAAGUGCACCGGCAUGAAGAAAAUUUACUGGAGCGACAGUUUAAAAGAGUGGUACAGAAGCACCUGGACUCUUCAGGACGACCCCUGUAAGAGUUACUAUGAACAUCUCAUUGUUGACCCCAUUCUGCUGGUACCUCCAAGCAAGGCCAUCUCCAUGACCAUCGCAACUUUCAUCACAGAGCCAAUGAAGCACAUUGGCCAGGGGAUCAGUGAGUUUCUUCGGGCCCUCCUCAAAGAUCUACCCGUUACCCUGCAGAUCCCUGUUCUCGUCACAAUUGUUCUCAUCAUGGUGGUAUUCGUGUAUGUCAGUGUGCCGGCGGCCUUCAUGCAUGGCAUCACUGCACCUCUACGCCGACGGGGUCCACCUCCUCCUGGGCUCCAACAACCACAACAGCAGCCUCAGGCUCAAAUCCAGGGGGUUGUGGACCUAGACCCUUUAGCAGUUAGGGAUACACACCAGCAAGGUCCAAGGCAGCCAGCCGAUGAUGGCAGGGCACACAGGAAUCCGGUUCGUCAGCGGCAUUCCAACAGACCCAUUGAGAAGAAGGCCCGGGUGGUUGUGGAGACACUGCAAUCAGCUGCCCGCAGUGAGGAUGAGACAGACACUGAGCAACAGGAGGGAAGACGUGAGGCGGAGCAGAGUCUGACCGAGGAGUCAGAUGCAGAAAACCAAGUGGAGAACAAAGAGGAGCCCGAAGAAGCAGCUGCCAACAGUGAUGCUGCUCAUACAGCCCAAGCAAAAACCAAAACCACGCCCAAGGCCAAACCUAUGAGAGUCAGUGAGAAUCGUACCAAGGACCAACACAGUGGAGACGAUGCCGCACCCAAAUCUCGACCAGCAGGAAAUCCGCCUUCACAUACUGAUGUCAAGGACCAUGAGGCCUCAGCAGGACACGGGACCUCCCCUGUGUCUGUGACACACGUUGAAACUCUGGGAGUUCCAGUUCAGGAGUCGUGCCCAGUGCCUGAGGAGUAGAGAUUCACUCUGUUUAGUGACAGACAGUAUUGAAAUGUGCAGCAGCAACAUUUUUAAGACCAGCCAAUGUGGAACCACACCAGUAGUUACCAACGAACUUUAUCUUGCUGAUCUACAGUCAACCAAAUGGGCCUUUCCUUGAGAUGGAGCACCAACAUGGUUUUGGUGAAUCUUCUCAUUAUUUCAUAAUGAUUUUGACAAAGUUCCUCAGUCAGAGACAGCGGCCAGAUUUCAGUGUGUCUCAGUGCUAGUAUUUUCCUAUUUUGAAUUUAAAGAUUACAAAGUGUCACAUAAAACCUGGCGGUGAAAUCAAUGCAUAAUGUGUUUAAUCUGAGAUAUUUUUGUUGUCAUUUAUUGUUUUGCUGAAUUAAGUUUUGGUGAGCAACAGUGAUACCUUUUGUAGUUUCCUGUGAGAAACUGCGUGUGCAAAGCUUAGGCUGUAGAUAAAGAUGGAUGACAUGAUGUCCUUCCACUGAAGAAAAAUGAGGCUAAAAUAUCCUAGAUACAGCCGCGGCCAUUUUGCUCUUUCGGUGUGAUUUGGAGUCCGUCUGUGUUUUCCAGGUCUCACUGAUACACACUCGACCAAAUCCAGAGUCAGUCUCAGUUUUCAAUCUUGAGGUUUCCUCAUCUUUGUAUAGCUUCUGUCUUUAUACACAGUCAAAGUGGGAGAGUAUUGCUGAUUGCUCUUUGUUGCAUGUUCUGAAUUUGUUUUAAUAAUGUAUAAUGCAUCGUGUGACGAGUGGGAAACCUACAACUUGGUGAAAACAGGGAAGAAAUAGCACAGAUGAGAAGGGAGCUUUGUUUUUUUUCUUGUGCUGGAAAUGAUUGAGUUCUAUCUGGCAGUGCCAUUACAAAACAGAACAUAUCAGUGGUGUUUCUCUUAGUGAUCAGGCUAAAGUCGGUUUACAGCAACUUGUGUUCAACACGUGUUCUUUCAGUCUUUAUGUCCUCUGUCACAAGAAAGACAAAAAAAUAACAAUGUUAGUCUAUGAAAACCAUACAGCAGCUGCAGGUGACAGUUCAUUUAAAUCCGAAUAUACAUAUAUCAAAUUAUUCUUUUGGAACAUAUGAAGUAAAGGGAAACAUCUUGAAUGCAGAGGAACAUCUGGCCAACAGUGCUUCACAACCAACACUUCAUUAGGGUACAGAGACAGUUGCAGUCAAUUUAUUGUGUCACUGUUAAGAAGAGAAGAAGCUGAACACUAAAGAAUUUAAAUUGUUCAUGUUUUUGCCAUAUUUGUCCCCGAUUUCGAAAUGGAAACUAUUCUGCAAUAUAAAUUAAUUACUAAAAACAAA